AUGGUUGAAGGUGCCCUGAUCACUGCAGGUAUUAUGAUCAGUUACUGGCUUGACUUUGGAUUUUUUUUCGCCAAGGGCAGUGUUAACUGGAGAUUCCCUAUUGCAUUUCAAAUUGUUUUUGCCAUUGUUAUUGUUUGUUUUGUGCUGGUGAGUAUACAUUCAUUCUGUUCCACUUACUAUAAUUCAGAUUUCCUAACAUUUCAACAGAGCUUACCUGACUCGCCUAGAUGGUUGAUUAAGAAAGAUCGAGUAGAGGAAGCUCGACUGAUCUUUUCGGCUUUAGAUGAUGUUGAACCCGACCACCAUCUUAUCACUGCUCAAAUUGAAGAAAUUGUAGCUACUCUCAUUGAUGAGGAGAGAAGCAACGCUCCAAUUAGACGUUUAUUUACCUUUGGUCGCGAAAAGCAUUUCCACCGUGCCAUGCUCGGAUUUUGGAACCAAGCCGCUCAACAGCUGACUGGAAUCAAUUUGGUAGGUAUCAUGCGAGAAGAAGUCUAA